AUGCAGGAGGCAUGGACCAGCAACACCGAGCAGUGCUCGCCAAAGCAGUUGCCAGUGGGUAAAACGCAUCAUAUGAAGAUUGCGGAUGGCCGGUACGUGCUGCUCCAACGCAUCGGCGGAGGCGCCUUCGGGGAGCUGUUUAAGGGCGUUGACACCUGCACCAACUCCCACGUGGCGAUAAAGUUGGAGAGGCGCAAGACCACCUACCCACAGCUGUCGUACGAGAGUAAGGUUUACAGGGUGCUGCACCAUGGAACCAGCGACCCUGUGGGGAUUCCACGCGCAUACUACUACAAUGUAGAGGGUGACUACGGCGUUCUCGUGAUGGAGCUUUGCGGCCCAUCGCUGGAUGACCUCUUCAACUACUGCGGCCGACGUUUCUCUGUUAAGACGGUCUGUAUGCUAGCAGAUCAGAUGCUGCAGCGGAUUCAGUUUCUGCAUGAAAAGGGCUUUGUACACCAGGACAUGAAACCUGAGAAUUUUGUGUUUGGCAAUGGAAAGAAGGGGCAUGUGCUGCACCUCAUUGACUUUGGCCUCAGCAAGGUGUAUUGGAACAGGCGGACGCAAGCACACAUUCCCUUCUGCGAGGGGAAGCCGCUGACAGGCACCGCGCGCUACUGUAGCACCUGGACGCAUCGCGGCUUCGAGCAGAGCCGCCGCGACGACCUUGAGGCGAUCGGCUUUAUUCUUGUUUAUUUCCUCGUGGGGUCGCUCCCCUGGCAAGGGCUCCAGACGAGGGACCCGCGUCUGAAAAUCCUUCGCAUCGGGGAAAAGAAGAUAGACACUCCGCUGGAGAAACUAUGCCACGGCCUGCCGCCGGAGCUUCUGCGCUACUGCACCUACUGCCGCGGGUUGAUGUUCACUGACGCCCCGGACUACGCGCAUCUGCGGGACCUCUUCGCGACGCUGGCGCGGCAGCAGUGUGAUGUGGCGCCGCAGCCGGAGCCCGAAGAAGGUGUUGGCUGGUGGGAUAGCGUCGUCACCAUCACGGACGCGCAGCCACCGCAGUACGACUGGAUGUUUGACUGGUUUGUAAAGCGUAAGGCGGAGGUGGCGGAGUGGCGCAAGCGGCAGCACGCGCGGCACCCCAAUGGCACGCCCUCUCCCAGCGUUAACAUUAGAGGGCGGGAGGCGAGCUCCGCAGUAAGCACAAGCGGCGCCCACGUGAUGUUUGUUUCAUCCCCCCAGGCCUAA